AGUAUGGCGAGCAAAGGAAAAACAGUGUCUCAGUCUCAAGACUCUCAACCUACAAGUUGUGGUUCUGGAUCAGCUACACCUCAGCCACCAUUAUGGUCAUACGUGAAUCUAAUGGGGAAACCUCCUGGAGGCGGUGGAAAUGCUUUUUUUAGGUGUAAUUUUUGUGAGGGACAGUUCAAUGGAUCAUAUACAAGAGUGAAAGCACAUCUAUUAAAAAUCAGUCAAAAAGGAAUUCAACCAUGUAAGAAAAUCACUAACGAGACUUUGGCUCAGUUGAAGAAAGAACAAAAAGCCUUUGAGAAUAAGAAAAGCACAUCAUCUGGAUCUGGUUUCAUUGACAUUGCUUCAAUUUUACAUGAUGAUAUUCAGAAUCCUACCAAAAAAAGAAAAGUUGUUGAUGUUCAUCAGAAAUCAAUUAAGGAUUCAUUUAGUUUACAAGGACGGCGAGAAUUAGAUCUAAAAGUGGCGACAUUUUUCUAUGCUAAUUGCAUACCAUUUAAUGUAGCUAGAAGUCCAUAUUGGAGAGACUUAGUUACAUCUAUUGCAAAUUCUAACUUGACUGGGUAUGUUCCCCCUAGUUCUGAAAGGCUUCGCACUGUACUACUAGAACAACAAAUGACUCGAGUGAACAAAUUGUUAGAGUCUCAAAAGUUCACUUGGGAUCAACACGGAGUUUCUAUUGUUUCUGAUGGCUGGACAGAUUUGCAACGACGCCCUCUUAUUAAUUUCAUUGCAACUUCAGCAAAUGGACCAAUUUUCUUGAAAGCAAUAGAUGCAUCUGGUGAAUACAAAAGUGCUGAGUAUCUGAAAGGAUUGUUUAUGGAAAUAAUUGAAGAAGUGGGGAAAGAAAACGUUGUUCAGCUAAUUACAGACAAUGCACCUGUAUGUAGAGCAGCUGGUAUUGCGAUAGAAAAGGAGUACCCUCAUAUCUUUUGGACUUCUUGUGCAGUUCAUAGCUUAAAUUUGGCUCUAAAGAGUAUAUGCAAUCCACCAAGUAAAGAGCAAGAUCCUCAUGCUUAUGAAUUAUGUUCGUGGAUUGAAGACUUGGAAAAGGAUGUGAGGAACAUCAGAAAUUUCAUAGUAAAUCAUCAACAUGCACUUUCCAUUUAUAACAAGCAUUCUGAUCUAAAAUUAUUAAGAGUUGCAGAGACACGUUUUGCAUCUCUAAUUGUUAUGGUGAAAAGGAUAAAAAGGGUGAAAAGUGCAUUGAUCAGUAUGGUGACUGAUGAUGAUUGGAGUUUCUACCGUGCUGAUGAUGAUGACAAAGCUCAAGCAAUCAAAGGAAUGAUUCUUGAAGACAAGUGGUGGGAUCAAAUCUUUUAUUUUCUUGCAUUCACAGAGCCGAUCUGGGAGAUGUUGAGAGUUCUUGAUUGUGAUAAUUCAACGUUGCACUGUGUGUAUGAGAUGUGGGACACUAUGAUUGAAAAAAUCCAAGAGGUUAUUUUUAAGCAUGAAAAAAAAAGUAUUGCACUUGAAGAUUCAGCAUUUUUUGAUCAUGUGCAUAGAAUAUUGAUUGCAAGAUGGGAUAAAAGUAGCAAUCCUCUUCAAUGCAUGGCACAUACAUUAAAUCCUAAAUAUUAUGGAAAAAAGUGGCUUACAGGGGGUGUUGGAAGAACCCCACCACAUCUGGAUCUAGAAUUAUCAACAAACAGAGUAGCAUGUAUUAAUAGGAUUUUCAUUGAUGUACAUCAAAAUCGCCGAGCUAAUGAUGAGUUUGAAAGGUUUUCUACUGGAAUUGGAGAAGAUGUAGGUGCAACUGUAGACAAAGAUAAUUAUCCAUCUUUAUCUUGGUGGAUUAAACAUGGAACUGCUUAUCCUACUCUUCAAUACCUUGCUUUCAGAUUGCUAGUUCAACCUGCUACAUCUUCAUGCAGUGAGAGAAAUUGGAGUACAUAUUCACAAAUCCACACUAUAAAACGAAAUAAUCUCACAAGCAAACGUGCAGAAAAUCUGGUUUAUGUGCAUUCUAACCUUCGGCUUCUAUCACGGAACAAAGAAGAAUAUAGGGAAGGAGAAACUAAAUAUUGGGACGUGAAUGUUGACGACUUUAACUUAGAACAAGAGAAUGAACUUGAAGUUGUUAAUUCAAGAUUCGAAGAACCUUGUAUUCCCUCAACAUCUUCUAUUGUGGAAGAAGAGGAGAUUGGGGAGAACAAUGAUUUGGGCAUUGAUGAUGACUAGAAUGAUGAUGAACAAUGUUUUGUGAUGAUUGAUGAACAAUGUUUUGUAACUUUCUUUGAGACUUUCUUGCUUAUGUCUUAGCAGUUAUCACUUUUGAGAUUGGUGAUGAACAAUGUUUUGUUUGAGACUUUCUUUAUUAUCAUUUUUAAUUUUUUUGAAUAUAAUAUUCGCCGUAUCCGCGUAUCCUAAAAUUUUGAAAAUGCCGUGUCCCCGUACCCGUAUCCGUAUCCAUAGGAUACCCGUACCCGUAUCCGUGUGACAUAGGUGACAACCAAAGUGCGAUAAAAAUUGUCUUCAACCCCGUUCUACAUAAUUGCACCAAACACAUAGAGAUUGAUCAACACUUCAUCCGUCAGAAGGUUGAAGAAGCCGAGAUCUUGCCUACUUAUGUACCCACCAGUGAACAAGUAGCUGACCUCUUCACCAAAGGACUCACAGGACAGCACUUCUGGGAAUUGAAGAACAAGUUAUGCAUGAUCAAAUCUCAUGCACAACUUGAGGGGGGCUGUUAAGUUUGUGCGCCCAGGAUUUCUUCUGUCCAGACCCGAUCCAAUUCUUUUAUAUCCACACGCCCAAAUAUACUAGGCGGAGGCAUACUUGUAAUUUUUUACAUAUUUUUGUACAAACUGUUGUAAUCUGAUUAGGUUAUCUUAAUAACAAUGAUUAAGGAUUGCAGGGCGGUUGUUCACGCUAACUGCACCUUCCCUUCCAUCGGCUUCUACCUUCUCUACUCAAUCACUCUUGUUUCAGGCCGGAGAGACACAGAUUUCUGGAAAAUCUUACAGGACUCACCAAAAUAGGCACCACCCAAGUCAAUGCAGCUCAGGCUAAGGUGCAUUCCUAGACUUUAUCAACAUGAGGCUCGUGUGGUCACUGGUCAGUGACACCAUACACUUUCGGUACAAAAUUUCAUGAACAUUUGACUCAAGUGAGUGAUGGGCUGGGUGCUUUCAAAAUUCAAAGUUAGUGGAAUAUAAUUUUGUCCUUUCUUUGACUUGACAAACAGAACCUUCCAAUUACUUAGGAUUUGAGAAUGUCUUUCCAUUCUCUCUCUCUCAAGUGUCAAUUUUCUCUUCCAUCUCUUCUGCCCAGUCAUCUCAUUUCUCCCAAUUCGAGCAUUCUACAACAAUUUUCAAGUGUCACUCCUUUUUGCUUUCUCUCUCUCCCCCCACCCCACCCCACAAAAAACACCACGACGACAACCUCACAGUUGCUUUAAGUUUAUGCCUUUAAUAUGCUUGUCAUAGCACAUAGAUAAUACUAAUAUACAUCCUAACUAAUGACUUUAACUAAUCUGUUCCAUUUUUAACUUUUAUAUUUGUAUUAUUUUGCAUUGUUUUAUGUCAUAUUUAAGACUUGUAACUUUUGCAUACAUUGUUUUAUAUCAUGUAAUCCAAUAAUAUAUCCUAUUUGUAUUUUGUUAGUAUAUAGAAAAGAAAAUAUUACAAACUUCCUAAAAUGGAGAACCAAAUGCAGAGGGGGUAAUAUCCAACCAUCCAUAAUAAACCAUGAUAUUUUUUCAGUGUCGUAAAAGCAAAGCCCACCAAAAUACCUGGAGAUCUAUGAACGUCAAGUAGAGCAUAAUGAAAUGGAUAUGAGUCUUUCUUGAUAAACUUACUCUUCCAUGAGGAAGAGUCAAUAAUGGAGAAUGGCCACACAACCUCGAUGAAGUACAACAACAGAUAUGAUAGACUGAAGUCCUUACCAUUUUCAGGUCGAAUUAAAUAACCUUUUAUGCAAGAAAAACAAAGUAUGAAAAGAUUUCGCUUGAAGAAGGUAAAAUCACACAAACUAUUC